GGCGCGGGGUCGAAGGGCACGCGGCGUCAGUGUCAUGGCGGCCUCCACGGUGGGCUGUGGCUGGCGCCCGCUACAGCUUAACAUCCCUAGUCUGUGCCGCCUCGGGCCGGGGCCCCGUAGUAUGUGGGCGUGCGUGCGGCGGCUCCCGGGGCCCGCGGUGACCCGGAGGAGCGUGGUGGCAACCAGUGGGCCGGGCGUCUCGGGCACUGACCACUACUGCCUGGAGUUGCUACGGAAACGAGAUUAUGAAAGUUAUUUAUGUUCCCUGCUGCUCCCUGCCGAAUCCCGAAGUUCUGCUUUUGCAUUGAGAGCCUUCAAUGUGGAACUGGCUCAGAUCAAGGACUCAGUCUCUGAAAAAGCAAUUGGACUGAUGCGAAUGCAGUUUUGGAAAAAAACUGUGGAAGAAAUAUACCAUGACAAUCCACCACAUCAGCCAGUGGCCAUUGAACUGUGGAAGGUCUGUGCACCAGCAGAGACAGGCCUGGUUUCUGGGCUCCAGAUUGACUUCACAGAGCCCCAGUAAAGAUGGAAAGCCAGACCCCCACACCGGGGACUCAGAAGAAAGAGUGGAUGGGAAGCUGCUGUCAAAAGACAUAAUCUGACUAAAAGAUGGCUUAUGAAAAUCAUUGAUGAAAGAGAAAAAAAUUUAGAUGACAAAGCAUAUCGUAAUAUCCAGGAACUUGAAAAUUAUGCUGAAAACACACAGAGCUCUCUUCUUUAUUUAACAUUAGAAAUAUUGGGUAUAAAGGACCUUCAUGCAGAUCAUGCUGCAAGUCACAUUGGAAAAGCACAAGGUAUUGUCACCUGCUUAAGAGCAACACCCUAUCAUGGUAGCAGAAGAAAAGUAUUCCUUCCUAUGGAUAUUUGUAUGCAGCAUGGUGUUUCACAAGAGGACUUUCUACGGAGGAACCAAAAUAAAAAUGUGAGAGAUGUAAUAUAUGACAUCGCCAGCCAGGCACACUUACACCUAAAGCAUGCUAGGUCCUUUCACAAAAGUGUUCCUGUGAAAGCAUUUCCUGCUUUUCUUCAGACGGUUUCUUUAGAGGACUAUUUAAAGAAAAUUCAACAAGUGGAUUUUGAUAUAUUCCAUCCAUCUUUACAGCAGAAAAAUACAUUACUUCCAUUAUCUUUGUAUAUUCAAUCAUGGAGGAAAAGCUAUUAGAACAACUUCACGAUGUUGAUAUGAGUUUAUUUUUAGUUCAUUAGUUUUACAGAAAUUUUCUAGUUAGGGUUCUUGUUUAGCAACAAUAGCAACUAACUGUUUGUUUAAGUAGAAAAAGAAUUAUUGGUUGGGAGUUGAGUUAGCUCACAGAACUGAUGUGAAGUUGCUGUGGGACUGGAGUGUCAAGACACUGCCAAGAUUCUGCCACACACACCACCAUUGGCACCACCAGCCCAGACAGGGUCUGUUGUGCCAUCCCUGGGAAGUCAGAGCCCAGGAGGGAGCCAUGCUCCUGCCAAAGGGUGGGGAGAGGGAAUAUAUUCCUUCCUCCAUCACCCUUAGGAAGAGAAAGGGGAAGAGACUCAACUAGCACUGGGAUUUAUAUGCUAAACAUCUGAAACUCAGGUGUUCUGUACAGCUGGAAAUGCAUUUAUUUGCAGGUCGUGAAGGAUGAACUUAACCUUUGAAUAGGAUCAGUUUCUAUGUAGAGGGCUUUAUAUCCCUUAUGUUUAAUCUUUAUGAUCUUGUGUGAAAGUUUAUCAUGAUGCUGAAACAGUUUAUGUAAGGUACGGCACCUUCUGUGAGAACUGGAGCUCUAAUUUGAUUUUAGGUGUGGUUGGUCUGGAAGCUCUGACCUUAUUGUUAACCUUACUGCAUCAGUCUGUCAUUCAGUAUUAUGAUCAUGAACAAACUGUUUUGGCAAAAUUUGUAUUAGUGUUAAUUAUGUUAAUAUUAUAUUGAACAUCCAUUAAGUAGAUGUAUAUUUUAAAAACUUGUAUACAUUGAGCUUCCCCGUGAUAAGCACUGUAAACAAACACAUUGUGUGUGUAUUCUCAUUUGAUCUUCUUAAAAGCCCUAUUAAAUAAAUGGUAAUUAAUGUA